AUGCAUGCCUGGAGGAAGCAUAAAGGAAACCCAAAACCAGUUUGGGAAGAGCUCCCUAUGCCCUUGACCCCUACCACGGGUUUUCUAGUCAAGCUACUGGCAUCCGGAGUGUGUCAUAGCGAUCAGCCCCUUUUAGAUAUUGAAGACCGGCCGCAGUUCAAUGAGAAGUAUACGCUGGGCCACGAAGGAUGUGGAGAGAUCAUACAGAUAGGAGAAGGAGUCACAGAUAAAAGGUUCAAACUGGGAGAUCGAGUAGCUCUCCUUGCUGUCCCGGGAUGCGGCCUAGACACCUGCUCCGAAUGCUCGAGAGAUCUGGCACAACUCUGCCCGGCUGGAAUGCACCAUGGAAUUGGUCAAGACGGCUUCUUUGCUGAGUAUGUUGCGGUCAAUGUUCGCUCCGCGGUUCCAUUACCCGAUGGUGUUGAUCCAGCUGUUGCUGCUGUCGCUACUGAUGCUGUCACUACAGCUUAUCAUGGUAUCACCCGUCGUGCUGAGGUCAAGAAAGAAGAAACUACUUUUCUUUUUGGACUUGGUGGGCUUGGCUUCAAUGCGCUUCAGAUUGUGCGUGCCAUCGGUGCCAGAGUUAUUGUUUCAGAUCUGCGGCAAGAAAAGCUGGAUGCUGCUCUGGAGUUGGGUGUCCCAUCGGAGGAUAUCGUUCCAGUUGGGAAGUCUGUCCAAGAUUUUGUCAAGGAAAAUGGGUUGCAGGGGAAGAUUGAUACCGUACUGGAGUUUGUAGGCAGUCAUCAGACUUUGCGUCCUGGGGGAAAGAUCCUGUGUGUUGGAACCCUGAAUCUCAUCAAUGAAUUUGACAUGAAGAUCGGAAUUCGGAAGAGACUAAGUAUUAUCUUCACAUAUGGUGGACAGUACCGAGAUCUGGUAGAGGUGCUCGACUUGAUUGCCAGGGGAAUCAUUCAGCCCCAAGUCGAAUUGGGCAAGUUGCAGAAUUUCCCGAGGGUUCUCAAAGAAUUGGGCGAGGGAAAGAUUAAGGAUCGGAUAGCCUUAGUCUCAGAUCUUGUAUGA